AUGAUAGUAGUCGAAGCCCAUGUACACAAGAGCCAUAUCAUCAUUCCGUUUGAUCGCAACCAGGACUUUGUUGGCAGGGAAGACAUCCUCGACAACAUCGUUCAAAACCUUGCUCCAAAGACGAAUAGCAGCGCCUGUCAGAUGAUUGCCCUCGAGGGCCUCGGCGGCAUCGGAAAGACGCAGAUCGCUCUCGAGGCCGCCUACCGGGUUCGCGACGCAUACCCAGAGUGUAAUAUCUUCUGGAUCCCCGCCGUCGAUGCCACUACCUUUGAAAACGCCUACCGCCAGAUCGGCCAAGAGCUUCAGGUACCAGGGAUGGAUGACGAUAAGGCGGACGUCAAGGCGCUCAUCAAGGCGGCCCUGAGCCGAAGCGGUGAUGACUGGCUCUUGAUCGUCGAUAAUGCCGAUGAUGUAGAGCUGCUCUUUGGGGAUGCUUCGUUAUACGACCACCUUCCCUCGAGUCACAAAGGGUCGAUCCUCUUUACCACGCGGACGCACGAAGUUGUUGGAAAACUGGAUAUCCCGCGUGCCAAUGUUGUCCAUGUAAGCGAGAUGAGCAGGCCCGAGGCAAUCGAACUCAUGCAGAGAUACCUGGGGCCAAGACAGAUGAGCGACAGUAAAAGCGCGACAGAAUUGCUCGAUUUCUUGGCAGAUCUCCCACUUGCUAUCAAGCAGGCAUCAGCUUACAUAGACAAGACGGGAAUAACAAUAACGCGGUAUCUAGAGCAUUGUCGGUCGAGUAAUAUAAAAUUCACCGAGCUCCUAAGCAAGGAUUUCGAAGACCGCGGCCGGUAUAAGAGCGCCCAGAAUCCCAUUACCACAACAUGGCUGAUUUCGUUCCGCCACAUUUCCAGAGACAACCCGCUCGCCGCUCGAUACUUGAAAUACAUGUCAUUUCUUUCCGAGAAAGAUAUCCCGAGAAGUCUCAUUUCAGGUGACGAUGAACUGGAGAUGGACGAGGCGAUCGGCGCUUUGAGAGCCUAUGCAUUUAUCACUCAGCGAGCCGACCAAGAGUCGUACGACGUGCACCGACUUGUGCAACUAGCAAUGCGAAAUUGGUUGAGCCAGGAAGGAGAGCUAAAAAAGUCUGUUACAGCUGCGAUACAGCAGCUCGACGAAAAGUUUCCCUUUCCAAAGCAUGAGAAUAGAGAGACAUGGAUAAGGUAUCUGCCGCAUGCCAUGAUCGCAUUGGAAUUUUGCAACAGUUCGACCGACGAGGUGGUCAAGUCGAAGUCAGACCUGCUCUAUAAUACAGCUGAGAGCAAUUAUAUUUUAGGAAAAUAUCAGAAUGCGGAGGGACUUUACCAGGACACACUUGCACUCGGGAGACAGGUACUCGGCGACAAGCAUCCGCGUACGCUUACAAGCAUGAACAACCUUGCAGUUGUGCUUCAGAGCCAGGGGAAGUACGAGGAGGCCGAGGCGAUGCACCGCAAGACGCUUGCACUCACGAGACAGGUGCUCGGCGAUGAGCAUCUGUAUACGCUUACGAGCAUAAGCAACCUUGCAGGUGUGCUUCAGAGCCAGGGGAAGUACGAGGAGGCCGAGGCGAUGCACCGCAAGACGCUUGCACUC